CCCCACAUUACAAAAAAAAAACAUCAGACCAUGUAAUCGCAUGUGAAAGCGAUGGUCGGAGUAAAAUUGAAUUAUUGCUGACAAAAUGAAAACAUUUGAUUCUUGUGUGAAUUUAGACGGAUAUACUCAAGUAAUUUGACUUAGUCAGUUCAAUUACCGGAAUAACCAUUAUAAAGCUUUUUACCCCGCUUUCUUUCUUUUCUCUUUUUUUCUUACUUUCUUUUUCUUAUCAUGACCUUUGACAACAACGUACCAACAAAAUUCCCAAAGCUUGCUCCCAGGGGCCCCUCAGGAGAUCUUUUUCUUGCCAACGAAAGAGCCAAAGGUUCUUUUGAUGUCAAUGAACUCUCUAAAUUCAUGUAUACCGAGGAAUGGUUGCAAAGAAUGAAUAAAGUACUUGAAGUGCUUGAAUCUGAACCUGCUUUUGAUAAGACUCAUCGUUACUAUUUGAGCCGCAAGGACAAGAUUGCUUCUUCUUUAUGGAAAGAUAGACGUCUCAUUGAAGUUGCAAAGCAACAUAACUGGGAUGAAAUAGAUACUCAAAUUGCCAACUUUUUGUAUGAUCAAUCCACGCCUUUUACCCUUCACUACAGCAUGUUCAUUCCUACCUUGAGAAACCAAACAACAGACGAACAAAAGAAACUUUUCCUUGAACCUGCAUUAAAACAUGAAAUCAUUGGUUGUUAUGCUCAAACUGAAUUGGGUCAUGGUUCAAAUGUUCAAGGUCUUGAAACAACCGCUACUUAUAUCCCAGAAACAAAUGAAUUUGAGCUUCAUUCACCUACAUUGACAGCUGCCAAAUGGUGGAUUGGUGGUUUGGGCAAGGCAGCCAACUAUGCUAUUGUCAUGGCUCGUUUGCUCACGGAUGGCAAAGACUUAGGUCCUCAUCCUUUCUGUGUUCAAAUCCGUAGCUUAGAAGACCACCGUCCUUUGAAGGGCAUCACGGUAGGUGAUAUUGGCCCCAAGUUUGGUUUCAACACAGUCGAUAACGGCUUCAUCAUGUUUGAUCACUACCGUAUUCCUCAUGUUGCUUUCUUGGCCAAAUACUCUCAGGUCAAGCCUAGCACUGGUGAAUACGUCAAGCCUCCUAAUGCUAAGCUUUCUUAUGGUACCAUGGUCUUUGUUCGUGCCAACAUUGUGAUGGGUGUGCGCUAUGCUCUUGCCAAAGCAACCACGAUCGCGAUUCGUUACUCUGCUGUUCGUCAACAAUUUGUCGAUGCUGCUAAUCCUAGAAAGUGGGACAACAAGGUCAUUGAAACGCCUGUUCUCGAUUAUACCAUGCAACAAUACCGUCUUUUGCCUUCCCUCGCUGCUGCUUAUGCUUGUUUCUUCACGGGCCGUGAAAUGUUGCGUCUGUAUGACUUGAAUCAAGAAGCCAUGCAACAAGGUAACUUUUCUCUCUUGGCUGAUCUCCAUGCUAGUUCAUCCGGUCUUAAGAGUUUGACAACCACCAUGGCUAUUGAAGCCAUCGAAGACUGUCGUCGUGCUUGUGGUGGUCAUGGUUACAGUAUGUUCUCUGGUCUUGGUCAAUUCUACCAAGACUAUCUUCCUAAUGUGACUUGGGAAGGCGACAACUACAUCUUGACUCAACAAACCGCCCGUUACUUGCUCAAGACUUUCCGUAACGUGGUUGCAGGCAAGGCCGAACCUUCUGAAUAUAAUCAAACCGUGACUUAUUUGACUCAAUUCUUGGAACACCCAAAGGCCAAAUGUCCUGCCACCAAGCCCUCUGACUUUGCCAAUCCCGAGUUGAUCUUGUCUGCCUUUGGCUUCCGUGCUGCUUAUGGUAUCGCUCAAGUCGCUGAACAAAUUGAUCGUCAUAGUCGUUCUUGGAACUCCAUGUUAGUCGAAAUCAGCCGUAUCUCUAAGGCUCACUGUCAAUUCAUGCUUGUGCGUAAUUUUAUUGUCACACUUCAGAACGAUGCACAACUUGCCAAGCCAGAAAACAGAAACAUGCUCAAGGUGCUUCGUUUGUUAGCUAGUUUGUUUGCUCUUCACACGAUGGAAAAGGAGCUUUCUGAAUUCCUUGUGGCUGGUUACUUGUCUUCUGAACAAACAGCCAUGCUCAAGGAACAAGUCAUUCAUCUUUUAGAGCAAGUUCGACCUGAAGCUGUUUCCUUGGUGGAUGCUUUUGCUUUGCCUGACUACUUCUUGCACUCUGCUCUUGGUCGCUACGAUGGUAAGGUUUAUGAAGCCAUGACUCAAAUGGCUGAAAGAGAACCUUUAAAUCAUACUUUGGUGGUUGAUGGAUAUGAAGAAUGCAUCAAGCCUUUUGUCGAAAAGGGACUCAAGCAAGUCGUUGGUACUUCCCAACCUGCCAAGUUGUAAAUAACAAGUGUAUUUUUAUAUAGAAAAUAAUGAUAAUAAAUUAAAGAGACAUGUCUCAGGCACAUUUUUCUUUGUAAAA